AUGUCAUCCUGUUAUGUCGGGUCAUUGUACAGUAGAGAUGGCAAAUGUGAGACAGUUGUAGCAAAGGUUAUUUACUGCUUACUAGAUCACGGAAUCAUUACUGGCACCACGUUUCUUGAAGAAGUAUCAUGUAUCCAACUGGUAAAUGUUAUUAACCAAUCUGGAUUAUUAAGGAAAGCAUAUCAGGUACGAAAAUCUUCAGAAGCGACAUCUUCCGGAAGGACCGUUGCUUUAAACUCGUUACAAACAUAUACCUUAUGCCAGACAAUGAAGAUUUUUUUGUACGCUCAGCGAAUACAAUUAAUGCAGCCAAACAUUUCAGACAAAUAUCUCGCGUUUUUAAUCUCGAAUAGAAUGAUGCUUCGCUUAUUUGAAACACUCGAAGACAGGUUCAAUUAG